CAGGAAGGCCAGACAGUAUUACCUGCUGUAUCGAGAGCUUUUGGGCAAAUUUGGUCAUCUUCGAAACUCCUCUGGCUUCACAUGGAACUUGCAUACCCACCAAUCAGCUGGUUACCCUUUGAUCAUGGGUUUGCAGAAAUCCAGCUGUUUCGGCUUUGAUUUGAAGAUCUACGUCUAUGAGACGGAGUUCUCCGCUACGCCAGUGAUUUGCAGCCAGGGGAUGUUUGCUGAUGAGGUCUUUGUGCACCAAUUUAUGCUGCACAGCUCCUGUCGCACAGAGAACCCCGCGGAGGCAGACUUCUUCUACGUGCCGAUCUAUGCGUCCUGCGUGAUGUCUAAGAAAAAUAAGUAUGCCCCGGAAAUGGACGCCUGGUACACGAAGUUGGUAACCGAGAAACUGCCAUACUUUGAUGAUCAAGGAGGCCGCGACCAUAUUUUUCUGUGGUCGUCAGAGACCUAUAGUUUUCCUUCAUGGUCAGAUUACAUUGCUGAUUCUUUGUUCCUAUCUGUGGAAUCUGUGCCUAUUCAUUGCAGCGACUUUGACGCCUUCUGGAACUACACAGAGGAAACGGCAGAGGAGUUCGGUGCAAAGUGCCAUCACUGCCGCUGGUGCUUCAAUGGCUGGAAGGAUUUGGUGAUUCCCGGCUUUGUGGAGCAAUGGAGCAUCGAAAAGAUGAAGUACCUGGAGAAGCCUCACAGUGAAAGGAACUACACCGCUUGCUAUUUCGGUGCAGAUUCCGAUGCGCUGCUCAUCUACCAGUAUGCGAACGCCACCGUUCGUAAUGAUUUGCAUAACUUCAGCAAGCGAACCAACUUCAGCAUUGGCUAUCGCUUCAAGCGAAUCACAGAUUACUUCAAGCGCAUUGGUCUUUGCCAUUUCUGCUUUGCUCCCAAGGGAGUGGGCUACUGGAGCAAUAGGCUCUACGAGAUCCUUUUCGCGGGCUGCAUUCCAGUCAUCCUAUCCGAUGACAUCGGCCUUCCCUUUGGUGACUUCGUGGAUUGGGGAUCCUUUUCAUUGAAGUGGCCUAUGUCGGAGGCGGGUCCCGCGUUGGCGGAGCACUUGGAAUGGCUGGUGGCAGAGCGGAAGGACCGAGUGCGUCACAUGCACGAGGCGGUGCUGCGGAACAGGUGUUGGUUUGAUUACAACUCGCAGAACCCCAGCUGUUCACCUUACGUGGGCAUCCUGCGGUAUCUACAGAGAAAGAAACUGGCCACUCCUUGGUCACAAGGACGCACUUGGGACUUUGCCUCCGCGCCCGCGCGCAGUCCGCGCAACCGGACAAUGUCGAUGGGGGAAAAUCAUGGUGGCACUAUGGGCGCCUGGGAGAUCUAG